GGCAGCAGCCCUUUAUCUUUCGCGGCUCUCUGCAGGCUCUCGGUUCUCCUCCAUGAAUCCGGUACCGAGCAUGUCCGGGUCGUCUGGGAGCGGCGCAGCGGAGCCGGUGGGCUACAUCACCCGGGUCCAGAGCUUCAGCGCCUGUCACCGGCUGCACAGCGUUCACCUCAGUGAAGACGACAACAAGGCCGUGUACGGAAAAUGCAACAACCCCAACGGACACGGACACAACUACAAAGUGGAGGUCACCGUGCGUGGAAAGAUCGACCGUGUCACUGGGAUGGUCAUGAACCUGACUGACUUAAAGAAGUGCAUUGAGGACGUCAUCAUGACGCCACUGGACCACAAGAACCUGGACCAGGACGUCCCGUACUUCAGAAGCGUCGUCAGCACCACGGAGAACGUUGCUGUUCAUAUCUGGAAUGAGAUGAUCAAAGUUCUUCCUCCAAACCUUCUGCACGAGAUCAAGAUUCACGAGACGGACAAAAACAUCGUCAUUUACAGGGGAGAGUAGAUCAAUGCGGUUAUUGAGCAUUGAUCACCUAUUUGAUGUGAUCUAAUUUCCCUGUUUGCCUGCUGAGGACUUAUUACAGCUUAUAUUAUAAAAGUUUAUAUUCUUUGUUACACUUUAGUAGAUCAAAUCCAUGAAAGCAUUCCGAUCAGCUGUAUUGAUCUACAGGUCAACCAAAGAGUGAUCAAAUGUCUUCUUGUAUCUGGUGGAACUAUUUCUCUCAAUAAAAGAAACAUUCAUUGAU